AUGGAGCACAUCAAGGCCACCUUCGAGAAGGUCAAGCGGGAGAAGCGUGCCGCUCUCGUCGCCUACAUCACAGCUGGUUAUCCCACAAUUGAAGAGGCCGUAGAUAUCCUUCUUGGACUUGAAAAUGGAGGUGCUGACAUCAUCGAAUUGGGCGUUCCCUUCACAGAUCCCAUUGCCGAUGGGCCUACUAUCCAGAAGGCCAACACAAAGGCUCUUGCCAACGGUGUCACAGUCUCCACCGUUUUAGAGAUGGUCCGCAACGCGAGAAACCGCGGCCUCAAGGCACCCAUUAUGCUGAUGGGCUACUACAACCCGAUGCUGAGCUACGGUGAGGAGCGUAUGCUCAGGGACUGCAAGGAGGUUGGUGUCAAUGGUUUCAUUAUGGUCGACCUUCCUCCGGAGGAGGCCGUUCGAUUCAGAGAUCUUUGCACAAGCACGGGUCUUUCUUACGUCCCACUCAUCGCCCCCGCCACGUCCGAGUCUCGCAUGAAGAUUCUGUGCAAGAUCGCCGAUUCCUUUAUCUACGUUGUCUCAAGAAUGGGUGUGACUGGUGCUACCGGACAGCUCAGCUCGAACAUCCCCGAACUUCUCGCCCGUGUCCACAAGUGGUCUGGAAACGUACCUACCGCGCUGGGAUUCGGUGUCAGCACCCGCGAGCACUUCCUUUCUGUCCAGGAAAUGUCCGAAGGCGUCGUCAUUGGUAGCCAGAUCAUCACUGUUCUUGGUCAGGCCCCUGCUGGUCAGGCGGCCCAGAAAGCCGAGGAGUACCUCUCCAGUGUCACUGGUCGCCGAUUGGAAAGAGAUACUGCGGGUGCGUUGACUCGUGAGGUGAACGUGUUGGAACCCGUUUUGAAGAUCGAAACGCCCCCUGUGUCUCAGCCUACGGACGUUAUCACGGAGAAGGAUACGCCUUCCGGCCCUGGCUUGGGUGACCAACUCGAAGCUCUCAACGGUGGUGGAAACCCUGGCGCAACGCCUGCGCGUUUUGGUGAGUUCGGUGGACAGUAUGUCCCCGAGUCUCUGAUGGACUGCCUGGCCGAGUUGGAGCGGGGUUUCGACAGUGCUCUUAAGGACCCUUCCUUCUGGGAGGAGUAUCGCUCAUACUACCCUUACAUGGGACGCCCCAGUAGCCUUCACCUUGCAAGCCGUCUGACCGAGCAUGUCGGAGGUGCUAACAUUUGGUUGAAGCGUGAGGACCUCAACCACACUGGUAGUCACAAGAUCAACAACGCUCUGGGUCAGAUCCUCCUUGCGCGGAGACUUGGAAAGACCAGAAUCAUCGCAGAGACUGGCGCCGGGCAACACGGUGUUGCCACUGCGACCGUUUGCGCCAAGUUUGGCAUGAAGUGUGUUGUCUACAUGGGCGCGGAGGAUGUGCGUCGUCAAGCACUGAACGUUUUCCGUAUGAAACUACUUGGUGCCUCUGUCGUUGCAGUCGAUGCUGGCAGCCGAACCCUGCGUGACGCUGUCAACGAGGCCAUGCGUGCGUGGGUGGUUGACCUCGACACAACCCACUACAUACUUGGCUCUGCUAUCGGUCCUCACCCCUUCCCUACGAUCGUGCGCACUUUCCAGUCCGUUAUCGGCGACGAGGCCAAGCAGCAGCUGCAAGAACAAAUCGGCAAGCUGCCCGAUGCCGUCGUCGCCUGUGUCGGCGGUGGCAGUAACGCCGUCGGCAGUUUCUACCCCUUCUCCAAGGACACCAGCGUCAAGCUUCUCGGUGUCGAAGCCGGCGGUGACGGUAUUGACACAAACCGCCACUCCGCUACCCUCUCAGGCGGCAGCAAGGGUGUGCUCCACGGUGUCCGCACUUACAUCUUGCAAGACGAGCACGGACAGGUCUCCGAGACUCACUCCAUCUCUGCCGGUCUCGACUACCCUGGUGUCGGCCCCGAACUGAGUAACUGGAAGGACAGCGACCGCGCCCACUUCAUUGCCGCCACAGACGCUCAGGCUCUCUCUGGUUUCCGCACCAUGGCCCAGACGGAGGGUAUCAUCCCCGCUCUUGAGUCCUCGCACGCCAUCUGGGGUGCUAUCGAGUUGGCCAAGACUAUGGGCAAGGGCAAGGACAUUGUUCUUACCGUUAGCGGUAGAGGUGACAAGGACGUUGAGAGCGUUGCCGAGUCCCUUCCCAAGCUGGGUCCUCAGAUUGGCUGGGACUUGCGGUUCUAA